GUUGGAUCUGCAUGGAGAAACAGCAUCAACGGCGCGGUGACGGUCACGUGACGGAGUCUGCUGCUGGCUGAGUGAAGCGUGUUAGCAGAUUUUUCUGUUUUGUACAUACAUUGUUUUGUAUAUACUGUAUAUGAUGACCUCGGUGGGCGUCGAGCGAACCCGGGGCACUCGGGACAAAGCGCUGCCCACUACCACACAGACCACACAACCACAGAAACAGCUUCAGGCUACAGCCGAACAGAUCAGACUGGCUCAGAUGAUCUAUGACAAGAAUGACGCAGAUUUUGAAGACAAAGUCAAACAGCUCAUGGAGGUUACAGGGAAGAACCAAGAUGAUUGCAUGGUUGCCCUCCAUGACUGCAAUGAGGAUGUUAACAGAGCCAUCAACUUCCUGCUUGAGGGGACCUCUGACGCAACCUCUUGGGAGACUGUCGGGAAAAAGAAAAGUCUCGGGAAGGAUGGCACAUCCACUGAGAGUAAGGAGAACAAGGAGAACCGGGAGAAGAAAGGAGAGAGGGAAAGCAGCAAAGGUCGUGGAGGAGCGGGCCGUCGUGGGAGGGGGACCAUUCGCAACAGGCCAGCGAGGACCGAGGAGAAUGGUGUGGAGCCUGCUCCUGUGGAGAGAGGAGCUGACCGCGGCCGUAGAGGAAGAGGGAGAGUGUCUGGAGGUAGAGGCAGAGGCCGGGCUCCUGUUACCACCAGAUUUACAGCACAGGGGAUGGGGACUUUUAACCCGGCAGACUACACCACAGACCGUGGAACGUCAAACUCGCACGCAGACGUCUGGGAGACAGGGGCCAAUGACUCUGCUGAUGGGACGGUGGCGUGGCAGAACACUUUGGACGAGUGGGCUGCUGAGGACUGGAGUGAAGAUGUGAGUCUUUCCGAGACCAAAGUGUUCACUUCCUCAUGUGCACCUCCAACUGAGAACCACAUCACACCUGGCCAAAGUUUGGAUCUGUCGGUUCUGCUACAGAAGCCUGUAGAUCGGGAGGAAGUAGGGGGUCUGAAGGCCGUCGGCUCCUCUCAGGGGCUCGGACACAGUCUGGUCUUCACUAACUCCCACCAUCAGCCUGCUCGAAAUGGAGGCACAUCUGCUGGCUCCAACAGCUACACACAUGCCACCCUGUCCUCUGUUUUGGGUUCUGGUUUUGGAGAGCUAGGUGGUCCGAAACUCGGGCAGACUGCUGGGCAGCAAAUACUGGAACAGCUGAAGGGGCCUGGUCUAGGGCAGCUUACCUCCCAGCCCUCCAGCACAGGGACCAACUGCACGCCUGUAGGGGGGCUGGUGGGGACGGGGAUAUCUGUACCCUCCUCCUCAUGGGACAUCAAACCUCCUGGAACACAGAGCUCUGCUUCUCUGCCCUCCCAAUUCAGUCGGGAGUUUCAGAUGCAGCCAGAGCCAUCUUUGGUGCUAAGCCAACUCGCCCAGCGCCAGCAGGGCUCGCUGACACACACGGGACCCCUGGCCAGGCAGCCCAGCCCUCCCUCGUUGAGCACCCCUUCCCCCGCACCAGGCACACCGGAAGCAUUUCCUAAAGCUCCGGAACCUUCUCUGCACCGUGACGGGCCCUCGAUGCCCCCCUCGCAGGCAACCGACUCUCAGGGCAUCAGCACACAUCAGCGACAGAUCAAGACUCAAAAACGAAGGAUACCUCCUACUUCCAAGAUCCCCUCUUCUGCAGUAGAGAUGCCCGGCUCGACAGAUGUGUCUGGUUUAAACGUGCAGUUUGGUGCUCUAGACUUCGGCUCGGAAUCUGCCCUGCCUGACUUCGGCCAGUCCGAGAACUGCAACAGUGAACCUAUAAGAGACUCCGCAGUGGUUUCACAGUCACAGAGCAGCCUUUAUUCUAAGCCAAUCAGUGAAGCUCUGACAAGCCCAGUUCCUAAGCUGCUGCCUCUGGUUUCUUCUGACAGCAUCUACCCCUCACCCUCAGUACCUCUUCCCAGCCUUCCACCUUCCCACACUGCCCCCAGCUCGGUCACGGCCCCAUCUUCCUCCUCGUCCUCCUCUUCUUCCUCUGCUGCCUCGUCAGCAGGCAACAGCUUUGACUGUGGCGUUGCUCCUCACUCGAGACUAACUUUCUCUCAGAGCAAGGAACCUUCUGGACCUGUGACUAACGGUUUUAAUGGUGUAAGGACCUCUGCUGCUUUGGACACCACAUCGAGUUCCUCCACUCCAAAACAAGAGUCUCCCUCUCUGGUCAGCAGCAGCACAAGUGUUGCCCCCUCUGCACCAUCCUCACUGUUGCCCCCUUCUGUUACCCCACACAGCUCUGCUCUGCCCAGCUUGGCUUCUGAGCUUUCCUCUGCCAGCUUAGCACCCCUCAGCAGUCAUGUAAACAGUGGCCAUUCCGCCAUGUCGGCACUGUGCACCCCCUCAUCACUUACAUACACCAAUGUGGACAGCUUGAACUCUCUCGCCCCCUCGUCGAUGCCAUUUUCCUCCCCGCCGGUGUCCGCUCUGACCGGAGGCAGCAUAAGCAGUUUGGCGAGUGUCGGGAACAGUCUGCAUGCUUCUGGACUUCUGGGUCACGGCACAAAUGGUACCAUGCCCUCUGGUGUCAGGACCGCCCCGCUUCUGUCUUCCUCCAGCAGUAAAGCUCCUCCAAAUCUCUCUCAGGGGGUUCCUCCACUGCUGCCUAACCAGUACAUCAUGGGACCCGGAGGUCUACUGCCCGCCUACCCCCAAAUUUAUGGCUAUGAAGAUCUUCACAUGCUCCAGUCUAGACUACCAGUGGAUUAUUAUGGAAUCACAUUCCCAGGGCCGACUGCUACGCUGUCUGGCAGAGACGGGAACCUCGCCAGCAACCCCUACUCAGGUGACGUCACAAAGUUUGGCAGAGGCGAAUCCACCUCACCAGCACCAUCUACCAGCCUGUCUGCCACUCACGCCCCUCAGACAGGGCAGCCUCCGCAGGCUCAGAGCCAAGGACAGAGUCAGCCUCAGCCACAGGGCCACCACAACACCCAGCAGACCUUCUUAAACCCAGCCCUGCCCCCCGGCUACAGCUACCCGGGCCUCCCCUAUUACCCCGGGAUGCCUGGCGUACCCAGCGCUUUCCAAUACGGCCCCACUAUGUUCGUGCCCCCGGCCUCUGCCAAGCAGCACGGCAUGGGGCUCAGCAACCCCACCACUCCAUUCCAGCAGCCCAGCGCCUAUGGCCAACAUGCCUUCAGCUCAGGGUACGAUGACCUCACUCAAGGCCCAGCAGGAACUGACUACAGUAAAGGGUACAGUAACUCCUCUCAGACACAGGCCAAAUCUGCUGGCUCUGGCCCGGGGAAAGGUGUCUCUGUAACAUCUAGCAAUUCUGGGGUGCCAGACAUCAGUGGAACCGUUUACAAUAAGACUCAGACGUUCGAUAAGCAGGGUUUCCAUGCUGGCACCCCUCCUCCCUUUAACAUCCCCUCGGCUCUGGGCGGCACGGGACCUUUGACCCCCGGCGCUGCCCCGGGUUACGCUCCUGCUCCAUUCCUUCACAUUCUGCCGGCCCACCAGCAGCCACACUCACAGCUGCUCCAUCAUCACCUUACCCAGGAUGGACAGGGUGGGCCAAACCAGAGAAGCCAGUCAAGCACCAUGCAGCAGAAGACCCAGGUCAACAAGUCCAACUAUGGCAGCUCCCCUUACUGGGGCAACUGAGUGCAGUCCACAGCACGGGUGACGUCCCGAACCCAAAGACGUGCUGAUCAAAGCAGAGGGACACCGUACACACUACCAUCAUUAUCAUCUUCCCACAUUCUCAUUUCCCCUUUUCAAAGUUUUGGCUGUUGUAUGUAAAGUAUAUUUAUGUAUGUAUUUAUACAGUAUAUAUGUAUUGGUAGGAUAUGAAAUGUGGUUUUUCUGCAUUUUGAUUUUUUGAAGGACGGAUUUUUGAUUUUAUUUCAUUGCUAAACGGCUAUGAUGAUAUGGUGACAGAGAAGUAAUGAUUACGUAACGGAAGGGUGAUUAUACUUGAACCAGAGCAAGCAUCAUGUAAUAAAAACAGGAGGGAGUUAUUUGUAUACAUGACCCUAAUAAUGUGUGUACAUUAUUGCUAAGCUUGAUCACAUGAUGGUGAAGCCUUUUUUUAAACUUUUGUAUUUUGCCCCUUCCUUCACCUGUGAACUUUCUCUAAUGAGGGGGGGUUUCAUUUCAGCGCUUAAUUUUUGUUCCCUCUGCCCUUCAUUUGUUACCCCACCACCACCAAAUUGGCUAAAAGGUAGCAUUUUAAAUCAGAUUCAUUUUAACAUUGGUUUUACCCUUGUUGUCAAAAUAAAAUUGUCAAGUUUA